AUGAACAACAUCAAUCCUGGUGGUGAGCCGCGUAAUCUCGAAGCUCGUCGGCAACUUAUGUUUUUUGCCAAUUCUCUGAGCUUUGCGACGCUGAAAAUGCCCACCAAGUUGCGUAACAUGCGUGCGUGGACUGCGUUCACGCCUUAUUACGCUGAAGAGGUUUCUUACGUGAAGGAUGAAUUGAUAAAGCCUCUUGAAGAUCAAAAGACGCUGCUGUCCAUCAUCCAAGCAACGUAUCCAGAUGAGUACGAAAACUUCAAAGAGCGCGUUGGGGCCUUGGCGUGCGACGACGCCACAGUGACUGAGAAGUACUGGGAAGAACUCCGCAUCUGGACGAGCGACCAUACGCAGUCGCUCAGUCGCUGCGUGCGUGGUGUCUGCAGUUAUGGGGCAGCGUUGCGCUUUCUUGCGCGAGCGGAAGGGUACGACGAAGAUGAGAUUGAGACAUUGGUCUGCGACAAGUUCGAAUAUCUCGUGUCUUGCCAAGUGUACGGAAAUAUGCUGAAUGCUCCACAAGGUUCCGCUGAUAGACAGAAAGCGGAGGAUAUAAACGAGCUCAUCUUGAAUCAUCCAGAGCUUCGAGUGUGCUUCGUGCAGACAAAGUCUGACACAAACGACACGUUCGCUUCGUGUCUCGUCGGAUGCGAUCGAGAAAAUAGAACGUUAUCUCUCGCGUGCAAGGUAGAAUUACCAGGAAAUCCAAUAAUUGGAGAAGGAAAACCUGAAAACCAAAACCACGCCGUCAUUUUCAGCAGAGGUGCUUACCUGCAAACGCUGGACAUGAAUCAAGAUGGCUACUUCCCGGAGGCGUUGAAGAUGCGAAACUUGCUCGAUGUUUUCUCUGAGGACGUUGUCCUCGUCGGCUUUCCUGAGGUGAUAUUUAGUGAGACUACGGGCGCCGUCGCACAGUUCGCGGCGAUUUCAGAGUUCAUUUUCCAAACGUUUCAACGUUUCAUGACGUGGCCACUCAUGGUGCGCUUCCACUACGGUCACCCCGACGUGUGGGACAAGGCAUUCACCAUGACAAAUGGUGGCGUGUCUAAGGCCUCAAAGAUGAUCCACGUCGCCGAGGAUUUCUUCGGUGGCGUGAACGCGAUCGUUCGUGGCGGCCGAGUGUUAUUUGAAGAGUUCAUCGAGGUGGGUAAAGGAAGAGAUAUGGGUUUUACAUCCGUAAAUGGUUUCGAACAAAAGAUUUCAGGCUCUGCGGGGACAAUCUCAAUGUCUCGUGACGUUUACAGACUACACCGCUCGAUGGACUUUUUCAGAAUGAUGUCUAUGUACUUUAGUGGCCCAGGCUUCUUCAUUAGCGUUAUGCAGACGGCUUGGUGUGUUUAUUUGUACAUUCUAGUGCACGCCGGGCUCGCGAUUGCAGAUCUUGAAAUCUAUCGUGUCUAUCGUUAUUUCAAAAUGACAGAGACACAAACAACACUGUCGCUGUCUAAAGAAGAAGGUGGUUAUUACAACUCCAUUUAUGCGAUCCAGCUAGGAUUACUAACAGUCCUACCUCUCUUCUUGAAGAUGGUGAUGGAUAGAGGAUUGCGCGAUGGUAUCGAAUACACCGCCUCGUCACUUGUUCGUGGUUCGUGGGCGUUCAACAUUUUUGCCAUGACGACGAAAGGUUACAAUUACAUGGUUGGUCUCCUUUUCGGUAAAGCGCAGUAUAUCGCUACCGAGCGGGGUUUUGUGCUACAAAAUGCGAACAUGGUGGUACUUUACGGCUUGUACGCCAAGUCUCACCUGUACUUUGGUAUGGAAGUGUUGCUUCUUUUACUGUUGUUUCACGCGAACACGGUGCUUCCAAAAUCACUGCUGUACUCUUGGUCGGUUUGGAGCUUUGGUAUCUGCAUCAUCAUAACGCCCUGGUGGUUUUCGCCACAAAGCACGAACACUUACUGGAUGCGAAAUAGCUGGAACGAUUGGCGAGACUGGCUCGAUGGUACUUUCGACAAGCCCAAAAUCGCGAAUGGUUCCUGGAAAGAGUGG